CCUGCCUGCUGCCCUUGCCAGCCCUCUGCAGUGGCAUGGCCAGGGUCUUACAUCGUUCCCCGCCAAAGCCCCUCGAUCCCUCCAGGACCACCCCCUUUACCUGGUUUUGUGCCUCCUCAGCUGGUGGCCGUUCCCCUGUCCCCCGAACUCGCUCGGAUGCAGCCGUGGCGAGGCGGUGCCUGCUGUGCUCCUCUUGGGAAGUCCCCUCGGCGCUUCCUGUGCUCUGCCCCACAGUGUUCUGCCCCACUGCCCCUCUGCGAGGGGGAGGGCGGACAGAUGAACACCUCCCGUGGCCCAGCCUCUGCCCCUCAUCCCACACAUCAAAAAAGGGGAAGUUGCUGCGAGAAGGAAGUCUGCGCCAUGCAGUUGCCUGGGUUGCAGCAGUCACAUUUUCUCCGCUGCUGGUAGCCCGAGUCCCCGAUCCUUGCGCUGGCUGCCAGGGUGGCACUGGGCCCAUGGAGAGACCGGUGAAGGAUGGGAUCCUCUAUGUGCAGCACUGCAAAUUUGGGAAGAGGUUCUGGAGGAAGAUGCGAGCCCAGCUCUUUGCUGCCAGCCCCUCCGGCGUGGCCCGCAUGGAGAAUUUUGACGUGCGGGAUGACGGCACGGCACCGGAGAAGACCUCCCUGCGGCGGUGUGCCCGCCGGGUGAUCCGCCUCUCCGACUGCGUCUCCGUGGGCCCAGCAGGCACCGAGAACUGCCCCAAAGCCACUGCUGCCUUCUACCUCACCACUACGGAGAAGAGCUACUUGCUGGCAUCUGAGCAGCGGGAUGAGUGGAUCACCCAGCUCUGCCAGCUGGCCUUCCAGGGUGCAAAGGAGACGACACAGAGCAGUGCCAGGACCCAGCCUAGCCCCGCUGUCCCUAUGGAGGAGAACACUCUCUACUCCUCCUGGCAGGACUUGACUGAAUUCCCGGUGCUGGUGGUCCAGACGGAGGCAGCCACCCGCUGUGGCCUGCACGGGCACUACCUGCUCUCAGCCCUUCCCCAGAGCCUGACACUGAAGGACCCGCAGUCCCGGCAGCCCCUGCUCACCUGGCCCUACCCCUUCCUCCGCAAGUUUGGCCAGGAUCAGACUGUCUUCUCCUUCGAGGCUGGCCGCCGCAGCGACUCUGGCGAGGGCACCUUCACCUUCAGCACCCCGCAGGCCUCGGAGCUCUGCCGCGCUGUGUCCGCCGCCAUCACCUCCAAGCAGCAGGCCAAGGAAGCCCCAGACCCCCGGCUCUUCUGUGCCCCAGACCCCCAGCUCCCUGCACAGCAGGGCCUCAAGUCCCAGCCCUGGGGCCCCGGGGAUGAGGAGCCCCAACCCAGCCCACCCGUUGGCGGGGCACAGCCUGCCUCCCACACCCCUGCCAGCCGCUUCCGCUUCCCCCCACCGGAGACGGAGGCCACAGCCCCCAUCAUCUAUGCCUCCAUUGCCCGGGGCCAGCAGCCCCUCUUUGGGCCAGGGCCCCCAGGCCCUGGUGAGCCCUGGGCCCCAGGGAAGCCACCCCCUGAGCAUCUCUAUGAGAACAUCUUCACCACAGAGCUGGGUCCUGUCAGGGCAGAGGAGGAGGAAGAGGAGGAUGGGCAGUGGGAGCUGGGGUGCCGGCAGGCCCCUGAGGGCCACAGCAAUGAGGUGGGCCCCCUCUAUGACAACCGGGCUGCCCUGGCCCAGCUGCCACGGAGCAGCCCCCAGCCCCCUGAGCAGCGCUGGGGGCAGGAGGUGCCACCGGAGCGCCCUGGGCACAAGCCCCCGAGCAACCUCCGGGCCAAGCUUGUGCGGCUGCUCAGCAGGGAAACCCCCGGCCGGCGGGACUGGGCCUGAACCUGGGGCUGGAUGCCAUACAUGGUGCAGUCAAUAAACA